AUGUUGACCGGCCCCGGAUAUACCACGCUGGUUAGUUUGGACUUGAGCUACAAUAAGAUCUCCAGGAUCUUUCCCACCACUUUCUCCAGACUCCGCUAUCUGGAAUCUUUGGAUCUGAGUCACAACUCUUUGGUGGCCCUUCCGGACGAAUGCUUCUCAGGGUCGCCUUUGGGGGAUGUCGACCUCAGCAACAACUUCAUCCUGGACAUCACCACCAACAUCUUUGCAUCCAAAGGUCACGGGAAGCCCAUCAACGUGGACCUCUCCAACAACUUGAUCAGCCGCGUUUCGAGACACCAGGGCAAAGCCAUUCCCAACAUCCAGAGCUUAAACCUGUCCGGAAACAGGUUGAAGAGGAUCCCCGACCUUCAAGGAAUCCCUCUCCGGUUCCUCAACCUUGACGGGAACCCAGUGGUGGCCAUUGAAAAAGGGGCAUUUCAGGGGCUGAAAGAUUUGAUCCACUUGUCUCUCAGUGGGAUUCCCGACCUGGCGGAGAUUUCACCGUACGCCUUCCAAGACCUGCCAGCUCUCCAAGCGCUCGAUUUGUCCAACAACCCCAACGUCAAAUCCUUGAACGCGGAGGUUUUCUACAGCCUCAACUUUUUGCAGGAGCUCAACCUGUCUGGCACAGGGGUGGCGAACUCCGUAUCGAAAACGAUGCUGAAAUUUCUGCCUUCCAUCAAAAGCAUCACCCUCGGGAAGGAUGUAAAGUGCAUUAAGACGAUCCGGGAAGGCCAGUACCACAGACAAACCGGGCUGACCAAGAAAGAGAUUCUAAGUUGUCACGACAGCCAUGGGUCAGUAGCAGCAGCGCCCUAUGCUUUGUGA